AAGGGUUAGCCGUGCGUGCUUGCGGAGGCAUCGCAACCGGAGCAGCAUCGCCCCACGCAGGAGCCCACUUCGCCCUCCCGGGCGGUUAACAGGAGGAAAUCCUGUGAAUGUCAUUGGGGAGUGGGUGACAGGGGGGCGGAGGUGCCACUCGGCUGCCGGUGGUGAGCAGGCAGCCUUUGUGGGGGCAGAUCUCCUCGCAGACAAACCCGCCACCACACUACAAAGGACCCGAGACCUGCCAAUGUCAUCGGCCAUCGAAAGAAAAAGCCUCGAGCCCUCCGAGGAGCCAGUUGAUGAGGUGCUCCAAAUCCCCCCUUCCCUGUUAACAUGUGGAGGUUGCCAGCAGAACAUUGGGGACCGUUACUUCCUCAAAGCCAUUGAUCAGUACUGGCAUGAAGACUGCCUCAGCUGUGACUUGUGUGGGUGCAGACUGGGAGAAGUAGGAAGGCGACUGUAUUAUAAACUGGGCAGAAAACUGUGCCGAAGAGACUAUCUCAGGCUUUUCGGCCAAGAUGGCCUCUGUGCCUCCUGUGACAAACGAAUCCGGGCCUAUGAGAUGACCAUGCGAGUAAAAGACAAAGUGUACCACCUGGAAUGCUUCAAGUGUGCUGCUUGCCAGAAACACUUUUGUGUCGGUGACAGAUAUCUUCUCAUCAACUCAGACAUAGUGUGUGAGCAGGACAUCUAUGAGUGGACUAAGAUCAAUGGGAUGAUAUAGUCCACUUGUGCCUCAUAGUCUCCAAAUACAUCUCAUGGGUGACACAAAUACCUAGCUGUGGUGAGGAGAUGAUCACUCACAACAUCUAUGUGCUUUGUCUAAGGAAGGGGAAAAUACAACAGAAUACGCAGGCAUGGCAUCAUGUACAAAUGCUGAUUGGGGACUGAAACAGUAGCAGACAGGUGGAUUUCUGUUAGCAAACACGCUUUGAUGAUAAACUGACAUUCUCAGAGGUGAUGGUGAAAGUUGGGGUACAAUUUAAAAUGAAUUAUCUUGACUGGAAAUAUAGUAGUGUCAUGUAAACAGAUAUUAUGGCUUUGACACUUGCAGACUUGGUUGUGCAACUGGACGUUCUUUUCUUUCUUUCUAUUUACUCUGCAUCGACAUAGACAAUGAACCCGACAUUAAUGCAAGAUGGGACAGUAUUGGGGGGGGGAGGGAAAAUGGGACUCCAAUUCUAUAAAUUAUGAAUGUGGAAAGAAUGCCUUUUUUUGCAUGGAAAUCAGUUUUUCCCAUUUGAGAACUGAAAGUACAACCUGGCUGCAAUUCUGCACAACAUGCACCCUGUUAUAGACAUGAAAGUACUGGUGAGGUCAGUGGGACUUAAUGGUUUGUGACUAAGUGCAGGACUGUGGUCUUAAAUGCUAAGCAAUUAUUUCAAGAAAUUAGAAUAGGUAGCUGCCUGUCACUGCUGCUCUUUGAAUGUGUGAAAUUCCACCACUCAUUUAUAUUCAAAUAUAAAUUGAAAGAGUUGUUCAGCUAUUUUAUUAACUUAGACAAUAAGAAUAAAUAAUUUGUGGUGUGUAGUAAGAUCCUGCAGAUUUAAUAAAAAAAGAAUGAUCAAAUCAAA